AUGGACACCUCUAGCACACCUUUUACUACUAACUUGCUCCAACUACACGUGGAGACAGACAAGCCAGCGAAGACUCAAAGCUUGGUACCUCAAGCAACUAUCGAUGAUUUCCCUGCCAGUUUUCGUGACACCAAAGGCAAAAUUCAUAUCCUUAAUGACCCAACCGCAUUCCUAUCGAAAGAGCUGUCGCUCCAAAAAUUAGAAGUAUUCUCAAAAUAUUUCUGGGCAAUCGGGAGUAAACGCCCAGCAGCACCUCUGAAUUACCAAAUAUACUCGAGGAGGGAAAUUAUUCCCUGCGAACGUUUGGAUUUACAUCUCGUUUGGACGAACGAUGGAAGAAUCUUCAUAAAGCCCUUGCCUCGUUUCCUACUUAGCCUCGAGGUUUGGGAUGAAUAUCUUAAUUGCAACGUUGAUUGCAAGUGCCAACGAGGUCCCGCCAAACUCGACACCAGCAAUGCUCUACAGACACCACAUCGUCAUGGGCCCGACAAUUUAAGAGGCGCAAAUAUCAACCAAGCCGGCAGUAUUUGGCCUCAGCGAGACGUCUGUGCGUUACGGAGAUGCGCCUUAGGUUUCCUCUACUCGUAUGUUUGCCUUCUUACUUACGAGAGCGACUUUGCAUACGCGAAAGAACAUCAUCUUCUUCCUCGUUCGGCUGAAGAGUCGGAGAUUCAUUGGGACGAUUGGAAGAAGUUUUCCAAGGAGAUUCUCGCCAAAUACAAGGAAGCUGAUGUACACCCGCGUUUCCACCGGGGAGAACUUCGUCUUUCCCGACUGAAUUUCUUCAGUCGCUUCACUCAGUGGCCGUUGUUUACUUCGUAUAUUCGCGGCUGGCGGAAUUACGGUAGCUUGGUCCGAGACAAUAUCACCUCACUAGCUACGGUUACGGUUUUCAUUGCCUUGAUUCUGACGGCAAUGCAAGUUGCGCUUGCCACGGACCAAAUAAAAGCGAACCCUCGUUUGAUGGAUGUUUCCUAUGGCUUUUCUAUUUUUGCUAUUUUCGCUCCGCUAUUCGUGCUAUUCCUGGUUAUUAUCGAAGUUUUUUAUAACCUUCUUAAAGAUAACCUAUUGACCUCAAGCAUUGCUAAAAAGCAAGCUGAAAAGAAGGAGCCUGCAUCAGACGCGCUGGUAUAA